AUGACUGGCGACACCCGUGACGCGCCAAUCAUCAUCGACACCACCGACGAUGCCGGCGAUGACUCGGACGAGGAUGACAGCGAGGAUCUAGAUAAUGACGGGGCACACGAUUUUGUACAGACAUUGCUCGCGCAGGCGGGACAGGCGAAAAACACGCGUCUCGAUGAGGUGACUGCCAACUUUGAGCUUGAUCGGCUCAACGACCCCGAGUUAUGGCGGAUGUGCCAGCGUUUCUAUAAGCUCCGCGGCAUGGAGGGCCAGACCCCUAGUCGGGAGAUUGAAAUCGAUGGCCUCAAUAUCUCUCUCAAGCCGCACCAGGCAUUCGCUGCGUUCUACAUGCUUCGGUCGGAGAGAAGGCGUCAUGGGGGGUUCCUUGCAGAUGAAAUGGGUCUGGGAAAGACCAUUACUACGCUUGCCGUCUGCGUCCUCUCCCGGUGGCUCGAUACCGCGAGGAUCCCGCUGGAGGCCAUCCCCCUCACCUACCGGAAGGAACCCUUUCCAGUGACCCAGCCGAUUGCCCGAGUGCCCACCUCCUCCCCAUCUGUUCUCCUCCGGAACUGGGGGCAGGAGUGGAACAAGGUGGUGAACACAGGUCACCCUCGCCUGCAGAUGACCCUUCUUGUUGGCCACCGCGACAAUCGGGCAUUGCAACGGUCCGACGUUCGGUCUUGGGAGACAUUGGCGCAGAACAAUCCCAGCCACCAUAGCCUCCGCUUUGCGCGUGCCCGUGAGUUAGCUGGCGCAUUGGCGUGGCAGAAGUUGUUGGGGACAGGGGACCGUCAGCUCUGCCCAAGGGACCAGGAGCUCAUCCAGGAGUGGAUGGACGCAAAGGAUCGGCGGUUCCCCCGCGAGCGAUCCCAGUUAUGGACGGGGAAUUGGGGCAAGGAUUGCCUCGUGGUCCUUACCACUCCUCAGUCGUAUGGCACCCAGGUCGCCGACGCCCUGAAUUGCGAAGCCACGGUGGAGGACGCAUCCGAUAGAAGUAAUGCGACGGGAUCGGUGUGCGGUGCCCUCUGGGGACGUGCCUUUCGGGAUGAGUGCCACCAGGAGCGCAAUGAAGCCAAAACAUACGAGGUCCUUAAGGGCUUCCGAGGGGGGACCCGGUUGUGGUUUCUGUCCGGGACGCCGUUUGAAAUCUCACCCGCUGACCUCGCCCGAUACGUCGACUGCCUCUGGGACCAGGCGUGGAAGGACAUCCCCGAGCUCGCGCGCUGCUCGCGCGCUGACUUUGAAGAACUGGGACGGCAAUUUAUCUCCGCGCGCGACCACAGGCGCACCGCUAUGGUCGUGUCGGAAUUCCGGCGGCGGCUCCAGGCGCUGGGCUUUAUUCGGCGCACCGUCAGUUCCAAAUGGUUUGGCAGUGACCUCCUUACCCUUCCCGAGGCCGAGAGGCAGGACAUCGCCUGCGCCCUCGACCCAGCCAUGCGCCGCGCCUUCCGAAUGGAGCUCGAGCAAGAGUACAGGCAGACCCAGACACGCACCGUCGACAAGGCCACAAAUAUCCUCCAUCGACUCCGGCUGUUCACCACAUUCCCCGCGCUAGCGCAAGUGUCGCGGCAAGAGCACCUCCCGCUGACCCUGGAUGAUAUUAACCAGCAGCCCUGGGCCCACAAUCAAGGGGGAUCGUUCCGUACUUCCCCGUUCCAGCAACACCUCCGGUCCAUUCUCAAGGGAUCCGCCAAGUUUAAGCAGCUCUGCUCCCUAGUCCAAGGGCUCCAGCGGGAUUCCAAUGGUGAACACGCGAAGAUACUGGUCAUGUCCGAGUUUCCUGUCGCCGCUAUCAUCACGUACCUGGGCCUCGCCGAGGCGUUUCCGGAGAAGCACCCUGUCCUUCUUCUGUCGGGCCAGCCCCAGAGGAAUCAGCGAUACAUUGAUGCGUUUAAUGAGAUGAACACCGGGUCCGAGCGGUUCGUGGAAAACGCUCGCGGGCAGUUCGAUCGGGUGACAAGCCCUGGUGUUUUGGUCAGCACAACCCGUGUACUUGGCCUGGGUUUUACCUGUGUUCGCGCCUUCCACGCCGUCCUUCUCGAGCCUAGCCUCCUCAAGUCCACAGAGGAGCAAGCAUUUGGACGGAUUCGCCGAAUUGGUCAGAUGAAUCGUCGUGUCUAUCAGGUCCGGCUGUUGACCAAAGACUCCGAGGUCGAAGGGCAGAUUGUUCAGCGGCAAGCCACUCGUCAAGAGCUCCAGUCCAGCCAUGUAAUGCCAGGCCAAACAUCGAGCUCGGAGAAACAAGAGCUGGGCGACAGCGGCCAAGAGUGA